GGUGGUUGAAAAAGCGCUGUCCUGGCCCUGGCUCCGCGAUGUUGGUCUUGUUUGUGGGCAAGAGGGCUAGCGGGUUAACUAAGCGAACCGGGCUUAGCUAAGCAGCAUUCCCGUGAUCCACCGACCCCGUGACCAGUGCCUGGCCGUUGCAGUUCUCCCAAACUUUAUGUUGGUUCGUUCUGUGGUCAGGAACACAGCAUCAACAACAAUAUCCGGCGUCGAAAACUCCCCUUUUUGCUCUCCCAGUUUUCCCGGAUAUCCCUCUCUGACAUCCAUCCCUCGCCCCCAACAAGGCUGCGUGGCGGAUCGACCAUUCUCUCACUAGUGUUUAUUUUAUCUACAUUAAUUACGCCUAGUUCUAAUUUCAUUGUGUUAUAUCGCCGAACAUGUCUGCUGCAGGGGGAGGAACUUUUAGGAAUCGGACUGUGGGCCGUGGCCAGAUUCCCUUCGAUGGCAACCCGUCUGGUAUUCCUCGCAAGGUUGACCAGGGACCCCCACCCGCUGCUGCUCCGUCUGAUAUUGGAAGCAGCUCUGCCUUGAGUACCAGCAGGCAAAAGCAGUCAAAGCGUGAUGAGGCUAUUAGAAAAAAAAUGGAGGCGGACCUCAAUAAGAAGAGGCAUGGAAACCCUGCUCGUUCUCGCCAUAGCCGCAAACCCCCCCCGGGAACUGUCAUGGCUCUCAAACCCAGCCAGGCUCUCCAGAUCAAACCCAACACCACGGUUGCAGAGGCUGCCCAAUUGAUGGCUGCGAAGAGAGAAGAUUGCGUUCUUGUGACGGAUGAUGACGACCGUAUUGCUGGUAUAUUCACUGCAAAGGAUUUGGCGUUUAGAGUUGUCGGUGCUGGCAUUAGGGCUCGGGAUGUUACAAUUGCAGAAAUCAUGACGAAGAAUCCUCUCUGCGCGAGAACCGACACCAGUGCUACCGAUGCCCUGGACCUCAUGGUCCGGAAGGGGUUCAGACAUCUUCCUGUUAUGGAUGAGAACCAGGAUAUAUCUGGAAUCCUUGACAUUACCAAGUGUUUCUACGAUGCGAUGGAGAAGCUGGAGAGGGCGUAUAGCUCAUCUCGCAAAUUGUAUGAUGCUCUCGAAGGUGUACAGUCCGAACUGGGCUCCAAUCAGCCACAGCAAAUUAUCCAGUACGUGGAGGCUUUGCGUCAGAAAAUGUCUGGCCCGACCUUGGAGUCUGUUUUGAAUGGAUUGCCACCCACCACUGUAUCAGUACGCACGUCUGUUCGGGAGGCCGCUGCAUUGAUGAAGGAGAAUCACACUACCGCUUUGCUGGUCCAGGAUCAGGGUUCGAUUACUGGGAUUUUUACCAGCAAAGACGUUGUUCUCCGUGUUAUCGCCCCUGGAUUAGAUCCCAAUACCUGUAGCGUUGUUAGGGUUAUGACACCUCACCCUGAUUUUGCUCCCACCGAUAUGAGCAUUCAAGCUGCCCUCCGGAAGAUGCACGAUGGACACUAUCUUAACCUACCUGUUAUGAACGAAGCUGGAGAGAUUGUUGGCAUGGUCGAUGUGCUGAAGUUGACCUACGCUACUCUCGAGCAGGUUAAUACUAUGUCAACGAACGAAAGUGAAGGGCCUGCGUGGAAUAAGUUCUGGCUUUCUAUGGACAAUGAGUCUGAUUCCAUGGUGUCUGGCAGCCAUCAACCCCACACUUCUCACCGUUCCGUUAUGAGUCCCGAUAUGUCAAGAUCUCACGGUGAUCGUGAGAACAGUGUUCUUCCGAACGAAUCAGCUUCGCACCACGGCGACGAGGCUGUCUCUGAUAUUUUAGGGGCCAGAUCAGUCCAUAAUGUGGACACUCCCUUUCCGUUCAAAUUCAAAGCCCCCAGCGGCCGAGUACAUAGACUUCACGUUACCCCUUCUGCAGGUGUAGCAGAUCUUGUCUCCCAAGUUUCUUUGAAACUGGGAGCCGAAGUUGAAGCUGUUGGCGGGCAAGCUGCUGUUGAAGAUGGCAAAAUGAGCCACACAGGCUAUGCGCUGAGUUAUUUGGACAGCGAGGGUGAUACAGUCUCUAUCACAACUGACCAAGAUCUAUUUGAUGCCAUCACUCUGGCCCGGAGAGCCAGCCAAGACAAAGUGGAUCUUUUUGUACACGAUCCCGAGAAGCAGCCCAUCAUCACGCCUCCUCCUGCCCCUGAACCCCAGCCGCCAGUUGCGAAAUCUGCCACCCCCGCCGGGUCUGUUCUGAGAUCUACAACGGGAGAAGAUGACGAGCCGAGCAUUUCAGAGCGUGAAAAGCCGCAGACUCUUGUCCGGCCACCAACUGCGGAGCAGCAGUUGAUAAACGGGGUGCCCAAUGAACUUAUCCUCCCUGGAGCCAUUGUGACGUUGGCUGUUGCUAUUGUUGGUGUUUUCAUUCUCAGCCGGGCGGGUAAUCGGUAGUUAUUGUGCCACUCCAUCUCCCUAAAAACGGGAAAAAAAAAUUUCCAAUUCAAGAAAUAAAAUAAUUCAACUUGGGCAUUGAUUGGUAGAUGGAACACAUAUCUCGCGCGUUUAAAGAAGAUAUUCGGGCAAUGUCCGCGUUUUUUUUUUUUUUUUUUUUUUUUUUUUUUUCUUUGUCUCGUCUCUCCCUAACUUUCUUAUGAUAUGUACCCAUUAUUGUAUUCUUUGCUAUCUAUCUUGCCACUUUCGAUAAUAUCCCCUACGCCUACAUACAUAGCAUUGCAUGUACCACUGCUCCGCCAUCUAAAGAUAUCACGGCCAAUAUUCCAACUAUUAGCGAGUCCCAAGUGGGUUAAGUUUGUUUCCCUUUUUUGACCUUUUCUGAUUUUAAUUUCUAAUAUAUUUAUUGCAUUUUUAUCUUUCUUCUCCUCUCUUGUUUCUAUGACUACCUAUUAGAACAAUCCAAAAGACAAAGUUUGCAAUACAAGA